AUGCAGUUACCGUUAAGUGAAACCUAUCGGGAUAUUAACAGUAACACAAUAUUGCCACCCCUAGAUAAAACCAUGAUCAGACAUUAUUUAUGCUACAAACACAAAAAAAUUGAUACAGUAGUGCGGUUAUAUGAAUCACGUCACUUGCUGAUGGCACGAGCUUCUGUGGUUGGUGACAAUACAUUCGUAAAAGGAUACUGCAGGAAGACUAUGAAGAGUCUACAGUAUGAAGUAGAUAUAGUAUUAAAUAUUAAUGGUAAUCCUGAAGCAUCACACUGUGAAUGUCCUGCUGGAAGUGGAACGAAUGCCUUGUGCAAACAUGUUGCAGUCCUCUUAUUUGGCAUUAAGAACAUGGUACGAGAAAAAAAUCUGCUUCUGCAAGAAGUAUGUACCCAAAAACUGCAGCAGUUCCAUGUGCCUAAAAAGCUCUACACUGGUACACCCGUCAAGGUGUAAAAAUUUUACAGGAGAAAAAGCAAUCCAAUUUUUGAACCAUACCCUCUCAAAAACACAAAAAAGGUAAAUUAUAAUAUUAGAUUCCGUAAUUUGAUCCUUGGUUUUUCGAAUUCCCGCUUGCCUUUAAAACAGUUAUAUGAGCCUGCUAACCCAUAUGGACUUGUGAAUGAUCACUUGUAUACAGAUAUAAAUCCAGAAAACCAGUUUUUCAAAGAAAUGAAGUUGGAUAAAAUUACUAUAGAAGAGGCAAAUAUCAUUCAAAAUGAUACCAUUGGCCAAAUAGAAUGUCCUGAAUGGCAUAAAUAUAGACAAAUACGGCUAACAGCCAGUAACUUUCAUAUAAUUUGUAAUUUAAUGCCAACAACUAUGGCAAAAUAUGCCAGAGAAAUAAUUAAUAAAAAAAAAUUUACAUCAAGAGCGACCAGUCAUGGACUGUUAAAUGAAAAGGUUGCUUUAAGCAAGUAUGCUACUAAAUAUGGUCUUGUAAUAGAGCCAUGUGGUAUAUUUAUAAGUUGCGAAAGGCCACAUCUUGCUGCAUCUCCUGAUGGUUUACUGGGCACACUCCUAUUUUUUCAAAUAUUUUUUAAAAUGCUCAUAUGCUAGUAGGUAUCAGACAAUAAAUCCCACUACUGUUCCUUAUUUAGAACUUUUAAACGGGGUAUUAAAGUUAAAAAAAUCAACACCAUACUACUUUCAAGUCCAAAGGCAAUUAUAUUGCUCCGGCAGAUCAUACUGCAAUAUGAUUAUAUAUACUUACAAAGAUUUGAAAGUAGUAUAUGUAGAAAAAGACAACUAUUUUAUAAGUAGUAUGCUGGCAAAAUUAGACUGUUUUUAUAACAACUAUUUUAAAAGUGCCUUGUUAGAAAAGCAUAUUUAUUAUAAUUAUUGUGAAAAUUUCAUAAAAUAA